AUGCCCCCUUCUUCUCCGCACUGCCAAAAGCAGCACGCCACUCCACCCAUGAAUGCAUCACCUCGCCUGGGAUCAACGAUCCCGAUCGUCGAAUCUGCAAGUUUGGCCCCACCUCUCGGCCCAUUCCCUGAUUCACAGCCCUAUACAACCUUCCGGUCUAUUGAUAAUGUCACGCAACAGCCUCUCCAGACUGCCAUGGCUCUGCAGACCGAUGGACAUGUCCAUCCCCAUUCUCAUGAAAUGGUCCUGCAGUCUGCCGAUCAAUCUUUCCAGGGGAGCUACGGUGGACUAGAAGGUGAAGAGACAGAGUCGGCAAACUUUGCAGGCCAGCUGACGGGUAUGAAGCUGAUACCUGAUCCACCUGACCUGGAGUACUGGAGAGAUCGUUUAUUUCAAGCAGACGAUGUUAUUACUCUGACAGAAGAGCAAUUCCAGAUAUACUUUCCUCAUGUUGAUAAUGUCUAUUCUCAUCGCUCAACUCAGCGGUAUAAGCGCCGGUCGAUGGUCUCUCAUUACUGGGACUGCCGGCUGAAAGGCCGACCUCCAGGGACGCCCAAGUCUGAUGACCCAAACAAGAAGAAGCGCAAGCGCACCGCCAGGGAACGUGACCUCUGCGACGUGAAGAUUAAAAUUACAGAGUAUCUGCCCGGCAGUGGAUCGAACGAUACCACUGGAGGAUUUGAAUCAUUUCCCGCCGAGCUACUACCCGGAGUCCAUACAUUGUUUCCUGUCCAGACUACCCAGCCCUUCGGUGUAUUGACACCAAACGCAGCUCUCCCAGAGGGACAUCCAGGUGCAAAUGGGCAAAGGUAUUUUACCAUUCAGCGGGUGAAUGGAAACGGCGCCAAUGGAAAGAAUGAUGGCGUGAGUGGUGGGCAUCGGCAUACACUCGAAGAGAGCGAUCGCGUCAAGAAGAAUAGUGUUCAACGGCACUUUUUGAAAGAGGAUAAGAAUAGAAAAAAGUCCGGGCACCAAGGUAUGUCAGACGAAAAGAAGGCGUACCACACAAUCGCGACCGGCCUAGCCGCCGUGACAGCUGCGAAUCAUGCAGCGGAAACAAAUCUCCAGUUUUAUGGAAGUUGCUUCUGUCCAUUCGUACAAAGAGUUUGGAUCGCACUGGAGCUCAAAGGCAUACCAUACCAGUAUAUUGAAGUAGACCCUUAUGAAAAACCCCAAUCCUUGCUGGAGGUGAAUCCACGUGGGCUUGUCCCAGCUUUACGUCAUGACAACUGGGGGUGCUACGAAAGCACUGUGCUCAUGGAAUAUCUUGAGGAUUUGAAAAUCGGACCGUCCCUUCUCCCAACCGACCCGAAGUUGCGAGCCCACUGUCGACUAUGGGCGGAUCAUGUCAACCGAAAUAUUGUGCCAACGUUCUAUCGAGUACUGCAAGAGCAGGAUCCACAGAAGCAGAUCGAAAAUGCCCAAGAGCUUCGAACUGCUUUCGAUACACUAAUUGAGGCCGCUCAUCCGCGAGGACCCUUUUUUAUGGGAGGGCAGAUCUCCUUUGUGGAUAUCCAGGCUGCGCCUUGGGUUGUUCGGCUGAAUCGGGUCCUGAAGCCAUACCGAGGCUGGCCAGAUGCCGAGGACGGUGGACGGUGGGCUUCUUGGGUGAAUGCUAUAGAGUCCAACGAUCAAGUCCGAGCAACAACCAGCACGGACGAGCUCUACCUCGAGAGCUAUGCGCGAUAUGCCGAAAACCGCCCGAACACCUCUCUGCUUGCAAAUGCGAUCAAUUUGGGCCGUUCCCUUCCUUGA